GGGUGCGUUUUAGGUAUAGAGCAGAUAUUUGUUUGAAUAGAGUGUUUUAUUAACAACUUAGCUUUGCCAAAAAUGCUAAAAGGCGCCACACUGAAGGCAUUAGAUGUCAGAAUAUUUCAGCGCGUCAUUGAAAUAAGUUGCCGCCAGACGAGUACGCGUUCAUUCGUAAAUGGCAUACACCGCUCCUAUAUAACUUUCAAUGACCUUCGGAACAAGAACCGCUGGUACAGCAAAAAGGAGCUGGUUGGCUACUCCAUGCAGGAAAUGUAUAAUGUAGUGGCGGAUGUUAACAACUAUCACAAAUUCGUUCCGUAUGUGAAGAAAUCUCACGUACAUAGCGCUGACAGCAGUGGCUUCAAGGCGGACCUUAUUGUUGGCUUCCCACCGCUCAACGAGGUAUACACAUCGCGCGUGACUCUUGACCCACCCAACCUGGUGAAGUCAGAGUGUCACGAUGGACGGCUGUUUAACUAUCUGUUGAAUGAAUGGCGAUUCAGUCCUGGCCUCAAAGACAUACCGAACUCAUGCGUGCUAGACUUCAAGGUGUCCUUUGAGUUCAAGUCGCUCCUACACAGCAAUAUAGCAAAUAUAUUCUUCGAUCUGAUUUGUGUACAAAUGGAGGGCGCUUUCAUUGAGGAGGUGCAAAGACGCAGCGGCCCUCCCUCAAUACGAUCGCAUGUCCUGACGUCGAAGCGCUCAUGACAGAUGUGACGUAGACGUAGUUACAACUAAAAGUCUUUUCGCCCCAUUUUAUCCCAUUCGAUUAAGUUAAAUGUUUGUAUAUUACGUUGCCACAGUAAUUUUAAAUGUUCAGGACUCUUAGUAAAUUGUAAAUAAAUAAACACAACAACUCGUAUAAA